AUGUCUUCUCUCCCCAAAGAAUUCAAGAGUAAAAUCUCUAUCACUCAUGUCACCACGGCGACUGCAGUGGUGGAAAUUGAUGACGUGAAGUUCAUCACCGAUCCCAUUUUCGACGAAGCCCCCCGCGACUAUGACCUAUCCCACUUGGCCGGUAUGGAACCUGGAGAGGUCGUCUUGACUGUCAAGGACGGCCCUCAUCUGAGUAUCAAACAGCUCCCUAUCAUCGACUGCAUCUUGCUUAGUCACGAGGAUCAUGUUGAUAAUCUCGAUGAUACUGGUCGCCAACUGCUUCUUGGCCGCCGAGUAAUUACUACCCCGGAUGGCGCCAAGAAUCUCUCCGAUUAUCCCGGUGUAUCUGCCCUUCAGCCAUGGCAGACAUUGAAGUUCCGCUUGGCCGGCGAGGAGUGGAGCAUCACUGGCGUUCCCUGUGUCCACGUACCCGGUGGAGAAGUGACAGGCUUCCUCUUGCACAAGGAAUCAUUCGGCAUAAGCCCUGAUGGACGACCUAAUGUCUUUUACUUCUCUGGUGACACCGUGCUUCUUGAGGAUGAGUUCAAGAAGCUGCGAGAGAAGUAUCACGUUGUGGUUGCCCUCGUCAACCUUGGACAGGCCAUGUCGCCCAAUCCCGAGAGCCUGACUGGGUUCAGCCAGAUCACCAUGGGAGGAACUGACGCUGUGCGGUUGUGUGAGAUUUUGGAGGCUGACCUGGUAGUCCCGAUGCAUUUUGAGUCGUGGACGCAUUUCACCCAGGAUGGCAAAGCUUUGAAGGAGGUUUUUGAUGCUGGAGGUAUUUCUGAUAAGGUCAAGUGGUUGACUUCAGGCUCAAAGGUACAGGUCAUUUAG